AUGGGAUUGAGAACUACAUCUAAGGAAAUGGAUCAAAAGAGUCAAGCAGGUCCUUCAGGUUCUAAUAAAAGUUCUGUUAGCUUAGUUAGUUCUUUAAUGAGAUCUUGGAAGAUUACGUCAAAUCCAUCAUCUCAAAAAUCUUCGAACUCAAAUUCAAAUUCAUAUUCAAAUUUAAGUGGGAAUAGUAGUGGAGAUAAUAGAUUGAAUAGUGGGAAUUUCGAUGCCAUGUCUAAACAGCAAACAGCUGCUAUAAAGUCUUCGAGUUCCUAUUCUCCCUUGAGAUAUAGCACUCCUGUUAGUGGUAUCUCUGUUGGAGAAAGUCCUAGACCAUUACUAUACAGUAACCAUAGAAAUGGAGAUCAUGAAAGUAGCAUUAAGAAAGAUGCCUAUUUUAAAGAUUUAGAUGAAGAUUGGAGUGCAGUCAUUGACGAUUAUAAUAUGCCAAUUCCAACUAUUGCUAAUGGGGGUAUUUCAAGAAGUAAUUCGGAUAAUUUAACUUCAACCUCUUUAUCAAAGGCAUAUGAUCCAUCUUUACCUUUAUCAAGGAAAGUGACAAACAAUUCAAUGAAAUCAAGUUCUUCUUUGGGCACAAAUAUAACUCAACAGGGCACUGCUCAAAGUAGUCAUAAUUUAUCAUAUCCACAAUUACCUCAAUUACAAAAAUCGGUAACUUCAGAAUUAAAAUUGCAAUUGGAAAUGGAAAACGAGAGGGAGCUACAAAAGAUAAAUUCAAUUAUGCAACGUAUAACUAAAUUUGAUUGCAUUGUGAGUGAUAAAAAAAUCAUUAAUCAACAAGAAUUAAGGCAAAUUAGUUGGAAUGGUAUUCCUAGCAUUCAUAGACCAAAAGUUUGGAAAUUAUUAAUAGGUUAUUUGCCAGCAAAUACAAAAAGACAAGAAUCUUUAGCUAGGCGUAAAAGACAAGAAUAUAAAGAUGGUAUUAAACAUAUAUUCACGGAGGAACAUGCAAGGGACGUACCUACCUGGCAUCAAAUUGAGAUAGAUAUACCAAGAACAAAUCCGCAUAUACCUCUUUAUCAAUUUAAAUCGGUUCAAAAUAGUCUGCAACGAAUAUUGUAUUUAUGGGCUAUUAGACAUCCGGCAAGUGGUUAUGUUCAGGGUAUAAAUGAUAUAGUAACACCCUUUUUCCAAACUUUUUUGACUGAAUACUUACCACAUUCACAAAUUGAGGAUGUCGAAAAACUAGAUCCAGAAUCAUAUAUGACUGAAGAACAAAUUGGAGAUGUAGAAGCUGAUACUUUCUGGUGUCUAACUAAAUUAUUGGAACAAAUAACAGAUAAUUAUAUUCACGGUCAGCCUGGUAUUCUGAAACAAGUUAAGAACUUGUCACAGUUAGUAAAGCGUAUUGAUGUCGAUCUAUACAAUCAUUUUGAAGCAGAACAUGUCGAGUUUAUUCAAUUUGCUUUUAGAUGGAUGAAUUGUCUGUUGUUGAGAGAAUUUAAUAUGAGCGCUGUGAUCAGAAUGUGGGACACUUACCUUGCAGAGACAUCUGUGGAAACUAGUUCAGGAUCAUCAACUACUUUUCAAUCGACUGGUGCGGCAGGAACUGGAUCAGGAGAAUCUAAUCCGCAUACUCCAUUGCAACCUACUAAUCCUACAUUUCAAACACCAGGUUCAGACUAUCAUUCACCUUCCAGUCACACUAAUGCUUCAUCAAAAAAUAUUUCAAGUGGUGAGAAUAACAGAUUGAGAUAUUCCUCCCUAAAUGAAUUUCAUGUAUUUGUCUGUGCAGCAUUCUUGAUAAAAUGGAGUGAUAAGUUGAUGGAUAUGGACUUUCAGGAAAUUAUUACCUUCCUACAAAACCCUCCUACUGCAGAGUGGAACGAAAAUGAUAUUGAAAUGCUCCUAAGUGAAGCUUAUAUAUGGCAGUCACUUUAUAAAGAUGCAACAUCACAUUGGCAAUAA